UGAUUAAUCAACGAACCAUUAGUCAGUAAUUUCGCAUUUCAGCUCUGACCCCUCUCUCUCUCUCUCUGCCAAAAAAAUCCAACGAACAACUCUUUGAUCAUUGCAUUUCUGUUGUCUCCUGCUACUUCGAUAUUGGAAAAAUGAUCCGCUUCAUAUUGCUUCAAAACAGGCAGGGGAAGACUCGACUCGCAAAGUAUUACAUCCCUCUCGAGGAAUCCGAGAAACACAAGGUUGAAUACGAGGUUCAUCGGUUGGUUGUAAACAGAGAUCCCAAGUUCACCAAUUUCGUUGAGUUCCGUACACACAAGGUUAUCUACAGGCGAUAUGCUGGAUUAUUUUUCUCUCUCUGCGUUGAUAUAACAGAUAAUGAGUUAGCAUAUUUAGAGUGCAUCCACUUAUUCGUGGAGAUUUUGGAUCAUUUCUUCAGCAAUGUGUGUGAGCUAGAUUUGGUGUUCAAUUUUCACAAGGUAUAUCUGAUACUAGAUGAGUUCAUUCUUGCCGGGGAGCUCCAAGAAACAAGCAAGAAGGCAAUCAUAGAGAGAAUGGGUGAACUGGAAAAGCAGGAGUGAAGAUCUAUAUGGCGGCAUAGUGUUUGUGUGCUUAGGUUAUCUGACCCAUUGUCAGCCAAUGCUACCCAUGAUAGGAAUGAGCUUCUUUCUUAUCUAUUUCACCUACUGUGUCUCAGUUUGUGACAUUUUGCGUAUUUUCUGUUCAUAAUCUAAUUUUGAACAGUUCACCAGAUGAAAUUGUAUUAAAAAAUGCCGAGUUUUACAUUUUGAAAACUGAGUUUCUUUUUCAUCAUCUUUCUGUAAACUGAACGUCGCAUAAAUGUCAUGGAUACUGGCUUGUUGGCAGCAAUGGCAAGCACAAACCCGAUUGCACUUG